CCCCUCGUGCUCUGGACAAUAACGUCUACAAGUGAGCCACAAGGAAGUGAGGCAUCAAAAAAACCAAAACAGACAGCAGGAGAGUGAGAGGAUAACAAGUGUUGUGGUGUUUCAGAAACAGGAGACGAGCCAUAAGUUAGAAGCAUAAGAGAGAGAGAAAUAAUCCUGGUCAAAAUGAGCUCCGAGGUUUUCUCGUAUGAGAGUUUGGUUCACGCUGUGUCUGGUGCAGUGGGAAGUGUGACUGCAAUGACAAUAUUCUUCCCUCUUGAUACUGCCAGACUACGCCUUCAAGUGGAUGAAAAUAGGAAGGCCAGAUCAACUCCCGCCAUUCUGGCAGAAAUUGUCAAAGAGGAAGGACUUCUAGCUUCUUACAGAGGUUGGUUCCCGGUCAUCUGCAGCCUGUGCUGCUCCAACUUUGUCUACUUCUACUGCUUUCACAGCCUGAAGGCGGGCUGGCUGAAGGGAAAGCAGUCAGCACCCAGCACUGACUUAAUCAUAGGCAUCGCUGCAGGUGUUAUAAAUGUACUAGUUACCACUCCUUUGUGGGUUGUCAACACCAGACUGAAGCUUCAGGGUUCCAAGUUUCGUAAUGUAGACAUCCGGCCCACAGACUACUCCGGCAUUCUGGAUGCAUUUGUGCAGAUCAUUCGUGACGAGGGCGUGGGAGCUCUGUGGAACGGGACCUUCCCGUCCCUGCUGCUGGUGCUGAACCCUGCCGUCCAGUUCAUGAUAUACGAGGGCCUGAAGAGGCAGCUGAGGAGAGGAGUUCCCAGGGAGCUGUCAUCUGUUGAGGUCUUUAUCAUUGGUGCGGUGGCCAAAGCUGUGGCCACCACUGUUACAUAUCCACUGCAGACUAUACAGUCCAUUCUCAGGUUUGGUCAGUUCAGCAAGUCAGAAGAUGAUUCAAAACUACUGUCCAGUCUAAGGACUGUCAAGUGUCUGCUGGUCAAUAGAGCGAGGAAGUAUGGAAUGCUGGGUCUGUUUAAAGGCCUGGAGGCCAAGCUGCUGCAGACGGUGCUGACUGCUGCUCUCAUGUUCCUUCUUUAUGAGAAGAUUGCCAGCUGUACCUUCAGAGUCAUGGGACUUAGCAACAACCACUACAAGAAACGCUAGCCAGCAAGACACUUCACAACCAUGGACACUUGCCUACAUUUAAACACUGAAAAACUGUAUAAAUAGUAUAAAUCACUGAUUAUAGUCCCCAUGAAGGGGACGUCAUGGAAAUCUUACACUGGAUACAGGAACAGAAAGAUCAUCAUAGACCAGCUCAGUACCCUCCUGUCUGCCUGGGUUCUUGCUCCUGAUAGCCUGAAAAGACAUGACAACACACUGAUUUGAAUUACUGCAUAAUUCCUUUCUUUAAUUAAAUAUACAUAGACUAAGUGCUUCAUUUCAGCCUUACUGUACCUUACAGUAGAAAUAAUUGGCAGUGUGCACCGACAGAUGAGUCAGCGGAAAGAUGUCCUGAAACAGAUUCACAGUCUUCACAUCAGAUUACCAGACAUCAUGAGUACAAUAGCUGCUGUAAAACCUAAGCCGUACAUCUACUACAACCACUGACUUUUACAUGUGGCUGUUUGAUUCUGUUCUAUAGACAGUUGUUGUUGAGAAAUAAACUUGAGGAAUGUUGA